AUGACUCGCCCAGAUAUUGCCUAUGCUGUUAACAUUGUUUCACAAUUUAUGCAUGCUCCACGUACUACUCAUCUGCAUUGUGUGAAGCGCAUUUUCAGGUAUUUACAGGAGGCUGAGUACAGAGCUAUCACCUAUACUGUGGCUGAGACAUCUUGGAUUCGUAAUAUUCUUCAUGACAUCGGGCUCUAUCUUCGUAACCAGUUCAUGUUCUUUGUUGCUCAAGGGGAUCUUGUUGUUCGAUAUGUGCCAACUCGGUUACAGUUUGCAGAUAUUUUCACAAAGGGUUUACCAUCAUCUCAGUUCAGCUUCUUACGUGACAAUCAGUCCGUCAUGUCUUCCAGUCCAGAUUGA